CCGUGGUAUCUUACAAAUGGCACACGUUAUCCAAUGCCAGCAUCUAUUUCCGAUGACACAGGAAUACGCGAUGCCAAAUUGUUACCCGACGAAGAUCCAGGAAGUGAUCGUAUUUUGAAUCAAAUGAUGUUCGUUCCUCCGAAUUACAAUUCGUCUCGUAGGAAGGAGAUAAUGAAAACGAUUUUUAUGCCUUACAUACCAGUUUGGUGGAGUAUCAAAUUUGAUGACAGUACUUUCGUAAAUUCAAAGUGCCCAGUCGACGCGUGCAGAUUCACAGUUGAUCCUAAGGAGAGGAAAACUGCUGAUUUAGUUAUGUUUGCCAACCAAUUUCUUCAUUCAAAUGAGAAUCGCCCACCAAAGCAGUUGUAUGCGAUGUACUAUUCGGAACCACCUUUCUUUACACCUCUUUUGGAUCAGCCAGAUGCCAUUAAUUGGACCAUUUCAUACAGAUACGACAGCACAAUUUCUGCUCCGUAUAAUAAAUGGUUGUAUUACGAUCCUCGAAUAAGGCAAAAAGAACAAAAUCGGAACUAUGCGACGAAUAAAACGAAAAAGGUUGCAUGGUUCGUUUCGAAUUGUGUUGGCGCUAGUAAUGGUCGUCUAGAAUAUGCUAAAGAGCUUCAAAAGCACAUUCAGGUCGAUAUUUAUGGUAAAUGCGGAACUUUAAAAUGUCCGCAUAAUGACAGGGAAACAUGUUUUGAUAUGCUUGAUGCGGAUUACAAAUUUUAUUUGGCAUUCGAAAAUUCAAACUGCAAAGAUUACAUCACCGAAAAGUUCUUCGACACUGGGCUACAGCGUAAUGUCAUACCGAUCGUGAUGGGAGCACCACGUCGCACGUAUGAAAAGUUUGCGCCACUUCGGUCGUACAUUCAUGUUGAAGAUUUCGCGUCGCCAAAGCAACUGGCCGACUAUCUGCAUAUUUUAGACCAAAACGAUAAUUUAUACAAUUCGUAUUUCAAGUGGAGAGGAACGGGCGAGUUUGUAGCGAAAGGGACCGCUCGGAGGCAACUGUUGGGACCAUCGCUCUUUUGUCGAUUGUGCACCAUGUUACACGAUGAGCACAGCACCUCAACUCCACGCUGGUAUCGCAAUUUGAAUGAAUGGCAACAUGGAAAAGGCGUUUGUAUCAGGAGCUUUUGGCGAGAUAUUGAAAGUACUGAACACAGUUAAAGUCCACUCCACCGUCUCUUGGGAUGACGACAUCAAGUAUUGAAAACGAAUCACAAUAUCAAUGCUGAAAACCAACCAAUUUUGAACUUUGAAUUUGACCACUUGUUCAUUUUGUCAUGACGAUAAUGUGUGUCCAACAUAAAUCUUAAGGCGAAAAGUAUGAUUUCAUGUCAAAUGGAUGUCAAUGAAGUCAUUUCUAUUGAGGUAAGUUUAUGUGAUUAAAGAGACUGAAAAAAAUCACUCUAUUGUUGUUUUUUCUGUAUGGAAUUUCAAUUUAUUAUAAUAGCUAUACAAAGGGAACGUGUCCAUGGAAAUAUUUACAGAUUUAGUUCUAUUAACCCUUUGAUGCAAAUUUUUUUGUUUUUGAAUCAUUUUGAUAUAUUUUUUGUGCCACGAUAAAUAGAGAAAGACCUCAUACUUAGAUUUUUGAAAAAUUGCGUAUUUGUCGAGAAAAUCGGAAAAGAGUCAAAAGUGUCAAAUCACUAUAAAAGCUUGAAAAAAUUAAAUUUCAUAAAACUAAUGAUGCAGAAAGUUAAAUUGAUGUGUUUUGGUCCUACGAGUCCUAAUUUGACAAUUGAAAAGAAUGUACAAACCCACAAGAUAAGAGGAGGAAAAAUUUGGAAUUCUGCUAUAAUUUCGCAUUUUUUUUACAGCAGUACAUGAACAGAAAAAACUUUCCAUUCAGCCAGCCGAUUGUAGCCUGUAAAGUAUCAAAUGAAAGCUAGUUCAUUUCCCUACAUUUGUUUCCAAACAAGAAUGUAAAAAUAUUCAGUGGUUUCAUAGCUAUAGCGUCUGGCGUAUCUGGUUACUUUAGGAACCGAAAUGUGAUAAAGCCCGACGAGAAAUUAGCGG